AUGAGCCCCGAUGUAGCGGCUUGGCGCUCCGCCUUCGAAAAAACGGGUCGCCCUGUCAUCCUCGAAAUCAGCUGGGAGCUCGACAUCACCUUUAUCUCCGACUGGACCGCGUCCGCCUCCGGUUGGCGAAUUGAUACCGACGUCGAAUGCUACUGUGACACACUCGUCCGCUGGACACAAUCUGUCGUCCAACGCUUCGCCGAUAUCGUUCCUUGGAUCGAUCACGCCGGUCCGGGACGAUGGAAUGAUUUGGACACGAUUAAUGUCGGAAAUGGAACAAUGGACGGUUUAACGGAGGAUGAGCGUCGGAGUUACAUGACCUUAUGGGCUAUAUCUUGCGCCCCCCUGUACAUCGGGGAUGACCUCAGUUUCCUCGACGAGUUUGGUUUGACCUUACUAACAAAUCGGGAAGUUAUCGCGAUCAACCAAAACGGCAUCCCGGCUCGACCUGUGACCCCGGGUUUGUUGCGACAAGUCUGGUGGGCGCCGAGUAUUGGGGACACGAGUUUUAUCGUGGCCAUGUUCAACUUGGCUGGACUCGAGUUAUCCGUGGCGGCAAAUUGGGCGGAUUUUGGAUUCACUGGGGCAGCAGAGGUGUACGAUGUCUGGGAAGGAAUUGAGUUGGGCGUGUAUACGAGCAGUUUUGCGGUCAGAGUGCCAACUCAUGGGUGUCGAUUGAUCAGAGUGACACCGCUGCUGGCGAAAUAG